CCAUGGCCACCAAUUGAACGCGAGCUCAUCUCCACGUAAUCCGCAGUUCCCAUCACAAGAGGAGCCCAACUGCACAUCCACGAGUCGCCGGCGACCCCAACUCGGCAACUCCGACGCCCGCCAGCAGCCACACCCCCCGCCAAACAGUAGCGCCAUACAGACCGGCCAGCCAACCCAACAACCGACCGACCGGCGCAGCACGCUGCCCGCCAUGCGGCGCUCGGCCACGGAGCCAUGAAGGCGUCGCUGAAGCUCCGGGACGACGCGGGGCCGCUGCUCCGCGCGAAGCUCCCCGUCGAGCUCUUCUCCGUGCCCGCCGUUGCCUCGCUCACCGCCGGCGAUCCGGCCGACCUCCGCCUCUCCCUCGCCACGGCCGUCCCGGCGCUCCCGUCCCUACGCCUCUCCUACGCGCCCAACCGCCCCGCGGGCUCCUCCCCGCUCUCCGCCUCGCUCGUCCUCGGCUACGGCCCCGGCGGCUGCCCCUCCGCGCCCGGCGCCUCCGCCAUCACCAUGGUCGUCGAGGUCAGCGCCGCGGGCGCGCUCUCCUUCUCGCUGGCCCUCAAGCCCUCGCUCGGCGACUUCGCCGUGCGCAAGCGGUUCUAUUCGGACGGCGCGGGAGGCGGGAUGUCGGCGUCGGAGGUGGCGAUGAGGAGCGUCGUGCCUGUGCGCGGCGGCGCGGCGGCGGCGAGGGUCCGGUGGGGCGUGAGGAUACCCGCCGAGAUGACCACCGGCGUGGAGGCCGGCGCCGCCGGGGUGAUGCUGCGGAGGCUGCCUUUCUUGGUUCUCGGCAAGGUCACGGUGGAGAGGCGGGCGGGGAAGCCGGCGCCGGAGGUUGCGCAGCAAGAGGAGGCGGCGGUGGAGAAGGUGAGGAGAGAGAACGAGAAGCUGAGGCGGGAGAUGGAGGAGCUCCGGGCGACAGCGGGGCAGAGGAGAGAGAAGGAGACGGUGGCGUUGGCCGGUGCCGGCCGGAGCGGUGGCGGAAGGUCGCCGGGGAUGAGUACGAAACGGGACGGCGUUGAUGUAGGGCCGCAAGUGAAUCCUGCGAGCUAGAUUGUUGAACCUGAGAUUUACCCUUUUUUUCAAAGUAAUACGUGUCUCAUUCAUAUCAUAAACCGUCACCUGUCUCAGGCAUCACCACAACAGCCAUAAAAAAAAAGAUGACGGAUCACCUCUUCAUCCGAGCUCGAUGCAGCUUCAUCGCUGAUAUGCAGAUCUGCGGACCUCUAAGAUGGCUCAUCAAAAGUGACAUAUUGUACAUAUACUAAAAGCGAUGAACGUAGCAAAUACAGUAGAAGUAAUGUUUAUACUUGUAUCAGUCUAUGCCGCGGGGCUCUUUAGCUGACACUAAGUGCGACGGCGUUUGCUCCAGCCCCGGGGCGGAGCUUGGGAGAUAGUCUAG